AUGACGCAAGACGAGUUCAAUAACCGCAUUUCAUCUUUUUUCAAAUGUUCAGAGAAGCAGAAGAAAGAGUUCCUUGGGCGGUGUCAUUACAUUGCCGGUCAAUAUGAUGACGACCAGUCGUUCCGAGAGCUUAAUGCAAAAAUCGUGUCAUUGGAAGACGCACGACACAGCGAGCAUCGCCAUCGCGUCUUUUACCUAGCGCUUCCACCCAAUGUAUUGUUACCGGUGUCGGGCCAACUACGCAAGCACUGCUACUCUGAAAACAAUGUGAAUCGCAUCGUGAUUGAAAAGCCUUUCGGACGUGAUCUUGAGUCGUGCAAAGACAUGCUCGAGAAAAUGCGGAGCACAUGGAGCGAGGCUGAGACGUUCCGUAUCGACCACUAUCUUGGCAAAGAAAUGAUAAAAAAUAUUCUUCCGUUCCGUUUCGGCAAUGCUUUUGUUGAGCACAUGCUUAACCGCUGGAUGGUUGACAACGUUCAAAUCACUUUCAAAGAACCAUUUGGCACCGAAGGACGCGGUGGUUACUUUGACGAAUUUGGCAUCAUCCGCGAUAUCCAACAAAACCAUCUGUGCCAAGUAUUUUCACUGUUGACGAUGGACGAGCCGGAAAACUUUACACCAGAGGCCAUCCGUGAUGCGAAAGUCAAGCUCCUUCGCUCCGUGCGUCCCAUUUCAAAAGACCAUGUCCUCCUCGGUCAGUAUGCUGCAGCAAAUGGCAAGCCUGGCUAUAAGGACGAUGAAACAGUUCCAAAGGAUAGUAACACGCCGACGUUUGCCGCAAUCGUGCUGCACAUUGACAAUGAACGUUGGCGCGAUGUGCCUUUUAUCAUGAAGGCUGGCAAAGCCCUUGAUGAAGGAAAAGCGGAAAUUCGCGUUCAGUUCCGCGACAUUGAGCAUAAACUUGAUAAGAUUGAGAGAAACGAGCUUGUACUGCGUAUCCAGCCAGGUGAGGCUCUCUACCUGAUCAUUAAUGCGAAAUUGCCUGGCAUGGCAAGCACCACUGUUCCUGUGGAACUGGACUUGACGUACCGUGAUCGGUUCCAAAAUGCUUACAUCCCCGAAGCCUAUGAGGCGCUUAUCCUUGACUGCCUCCGUGAUGAGCAUGCUAACUUCGUGCGUGAUGACGAGCUAGUCGCAAGCUGGUCUCUCUUUACUCCUAUCUUGAGCGCCAUUGAAAAAGGUGAAGUCCCUUGUGUGCCUUACGACUACGGGUCGCGUGGCCCAGAGCAGCUCAACGACUUUAUCGGCAAGUUCGGUUACAAGCACCUGGAUAAUUACACAUGGCCUGGAACAAAUGCCAAAGAAGCUGCUUCUAAAGCCUAG